UUCGUUCUUUGCUAUAUUUUUUUUUUUUUUAACUAAAUUGUAUAUAUUAAGCUAUAUUGGAAAUAUAUAUUUGAAAAUGGAAUUUAGGGAAAUUUCUGCAAAUGAUGAAAGAAUUUGUCGUUUAUGCGGCGAAGAACAACACAAUGUCAUAGAACUCACUGAAAAUAAUAGUGAGGAUAUUAACUCAUUAGUUAAACGCACUCUUGGCUUUUUGAAUAUAAAGUACAAAGAAAAUGAUUCCUUACCAAAUUGUUUAUGCGUCGCUUGUCACUUGGAUGCUGAAUCAACCGAUAAAUUUCUUCAAAUGGUUAAGGAAGGACAGCGGAAACUGACGCAAAAGUUAAGAGAAGACCAUGUGGCAGGCAAAAAUACAGAUGUUUCCCAAUUGAAAAACAAGAAUUUAUGUGUGGUGAGCAAAGAAAAGAACCACGAAACAAUUGAAGAAGAAAAUUUUAACGACGGAGUUCGCACUACAGAUGCAAGAUUAGUAAACCCCAUCUCUAUUAGUAAAUACGCUAAACGUGUAAGAAAAAAGAAAAAACGUUUUCCUUGUGACCCUUCUCCUUACAUUGAAGUUGGACAAAUCGAUGUCGGUUUAGAAACAAAUUCAGACAAUUCGUCAGAGAUAAACACUGGAACACUCAUUACUAUACAACCAAUUGCUGAAUUAAGAUCUGCAAAUGGGGCGUCUUUAGCAGAAAUAAUUUCAGUUGAUUCAGAUGUACCCAUGCAUCAGUCAACGCCAUCUAAGCCAGAUAUACGUAUGAUAUGUGAAUACUGUAAAGAAGUAUUCACAAAACAACAUAUAUUUUUAAAACAUUUACGGACCCAUAAUGAAUCUAUAUAUAAAUGUUUGGAAUGCACAUCAAAGUUCGACAAUUUAACUAAUUUAACGAAACAUCUCCAGCUUACUGGCCAUAAAGAAACAACGCUUCUGAACAAAACUGACACUGAAAGCAAUGAAAAACAGGCUCCAAAAUCAGAGACUACCAUUAAUAUAGUAGUAGAUGAUGAAGGUCACAUCACUUCUAUUGAUUCCGAUUUAAAUGCAACUCCCAAGGAAAAUGGGGAAACUGCUAAUUCACCGUUGUAUGUAGCCGAAAAUAUAGAGCAGGUACGAUCAGUUUCGUCGCCAAAAACUAGCUCGUUUAAAUGUUUGAAGUGCAACAAAUCAUAUAAAACUCACUAUUCGGUGUUACGUCAUCACAAACAAGUCCACGUGGGCACCCGAGCGUACAAGUGUCAACACUGUACUGCCAGCUUUAAGAACACUACCAAUUUGACUUACCAUAUGGCUAAACACACCGGUAUACGAAACUUUAAAUGCAAUAUAUGUGCUAAGGCAUUUGUACAUAAAAGCGAGCUUACUUUGCACAUGCGCACGCACACCGGUGACAAACCUUAUGUCUGCAAGCACUGUUCCAAAGGCUUUUCGCAUCGUUCCAAUAUGGUCACACACAUGCGAUUGCAUUCUGGUCAAUUACCGUUUAAAUGCGAAACAUGCAGUGCAAAUUUCAACAGCAGUUCCCAUUGGAAACUACACAAACAAAUGCAUCUAAAACACGCACAGCGUGCAGUUCUCGCACGUCUGCUGGACCAAAACGCGAAGAUUGCUUUAUCAAGCGAUAAACAUAAACUUACUGUAGAUGCAUCUUCAACACAGACUUACGACUCCGUCCAAAAAUCAAAUGCCACCACGUCCUUGCUUCGUUCAAAAGUUACAAACGUACAGUCUGUUGAGGUAUUGCCACCUAUCAAAACAUUGCCCGGCCCUAAUACCGUUAUUAGUAAAGACAAAUUGAAAAGGAUCAUCCUUAAAAAUAUACCCAUGAACAGCAGCGCAGCCCCUGGGGCGACCCAACUUGGAUUUAAAUGCGAUCAGUGUUUGCAGCGUUUCAAAUUGAAGUCUGCUUUGACGAAGCAUUUGCGCACACACACGGGAGAAAGGCCUUAUAAGUGCCCAUUUUGUCCGCGAACAUUCGCGGAUGCAUCAAAUUUUAAACGUCACAAGACGCUACACAAAACAGCCACGGAAGAGCUACAAAAUGUCACCAAAAAAUAUAAGAGUUCUGAUUUGUUGGAUGAAUUUCAGCGUGAUAGAAGAAAAGCACUUCCUGUUGGAAGUGUCUCGCCAACCUAUAGUGUAGCAUCAGAUCCAGAUCCAGAUGGUUUGGAGGCACUUCAACUAACAAGCGUACCUUCGCCAAAAAGUGUUUCUGAUGCCAGUGACACUGUCUUUGAUAUGCUGCACAGCAUUGCUGGCGAAACAAAGCGGGAGAUAUCAAGUAGUAACGACACUACCCAUACUAUAAGCGGGCUGAACACCUCGCAUAGGGCUGCGAUUCCCAAAUCACCACAAAGACUAAUUUGUAUUUCUUAUCCGAAUCCUGCCAACCCUAGUGAUAACAAAAUGACAAGAUUUUAUGUGUAAAUAAAAAGUCUUACAGUUUAUACAAGUUACCUAUAGUGCAAGAAUUAAAGAUGGACAUAACAUUUGAUAUCCAGUAUCCAGAGAUUGUGAGCGAGAUAAUGGAGGUGAGCUAGCCUUCACUUUGCACCACACUACAGUAUCGUCUAUCGGUCACAAUAUCGACCACAGGGCUCUUUCCCUAGAAUGUCAUGGCAUAACUAUCCUGUCAGACAAUGUCGAGCUCGAAACAUUUAAUAUAUAAAGACAUACAACUCACUACAUGCUAGCCAACAGGAUAUCACCGGAACAUAGGCGCGCUGCUUCGUUGAUACUUGUCGACUUAAACGCGCACCGCAAUAUAACGAAGUCCCCUCCCGAACUAUUGGCAUCUGUAGCAUCUCGCCUGAUAUAACAGUCGCUAGUGGUGGUGUGAUAAACAGCAUAACCUGUGCUAAUUCACAGAGUUUACUUUUACCACACUACCCAUUCCUAAGGACGUACCCGUUGACUAACGUCAAUUAAUUAACAAUAGUUAAGCUGUUUUCCCCCGAGCGGGGUCUUGAUAAUCGCUAUAGCAACAGAAAUAAAUUUUUGAAUGAUAACAA